UCCUCCUCCUCCUCUCUUCAGCCUUCACACCUGCUACAUGCCCGGCGCCUACUCUUCCUCCAUGAUUAUUAUUCAUGCUCUCCUGCUCCUCGUGCUAAUUCCGCUCGCCGCAGCACAGCCGUGGACCAACUGCGGCAGAGGCCAAGGCAACUACUCGGCAGGCAGCACAUACGAGACCAAUCUUCUAGACCUCCUCGGCACCCUCCGCCAUAACGCCUCCUCGUCGCCGACCCUAUUCGCCAAAGGAUCCCUCGGUGCCGCGCCGGACACUGCCUGGGCCCUGAUUCUCUGCCGAGGCGACGUCAGCGCCAGGAUGUGCUACGAGUGCGUCACCUGGGCUGGUCACGAGGCGGCCACAGCCUGCAACCGCAGCAGGGACGUGGCCCUCUGCUACGACCAGUGCUACGUCCGCCUAGCCGACCACAACUUCUUCGACCCCAACGGCAACUCCGGCGUGGUAUCGUCCGUGAGCGCUCUAGGUAUCACCAACGGGGACGUCGUCGGCUACGACUGGGCCGUCACCGACCUGUUCAGCUCCACGGUGGAGUAUGCGGUGGACAACUCCUCCAGUAUGUUCGCCAUGGGGUAUUCGGCAGGGACCGAGCCGGGGUUCCACGCGAUCUACUCGGCGGCGCAGUGCGCGGCGGACCUGUCGCGGCCGCAGUGCCGAAACUGCCUACAAGGCCUCAUGGGCAUGUGGCGGACCACGUUCCUGCGGAACACGCGGGGCGCGAGGCUGGCUGGUCCGCGCUGCACCUUGAGGUCCGAACUAUUCCAGUUCUUCAAUGACAGAGAUUCCAGGUUCCCGUCCAACACCGGAUCCUCCGGGCCCGUGGCCGUCGGACCAGCAGCUGGUACGAGAGGUACCAGGAGGGCCGUCACAAAGAUUAUGAUAAUAGUUUUGACAUCAUCAGUUGCGACCUUGCUAUUCUCGUGUAUUUAUGUGCUGAUAUGGCAUAGAAAAGGAAGAAGACUAUGGCUUCUCCUUUGCAAGAAGACUAGCGGAAACAAUGAAAAUAAUUACGAGGCCAUGAUUGCAUCGUAUGGAUCCCUAGCUCCAAAACGAUACACGUACUCAGAGGUAAUGAAGAUAACAUCCUCUCGCAGCAAUGAGCUUGGAAAAGGUGGUUAUGGUGUGGUUUUCAAAGGAACCCUACUUGAUGGCCGUCUAGUAGCAGUGAAAUUCUUGCAUGAAUGCAAAGGAAACGGGGGCGAGUUUGUGAAUGAGGUUAUGAGCAUUGGCAGGACUUCUCAUGUAAAUGUUGUUAGCUUGUUUGAGUUCUGUUUGGAGGGAUCAAAACGAGCUCUUAUAUAUGAGUACAUGUCCAACAAUUCCUUGGAUAAGUUCAUUUACUCAGAGGACCCCAAGGAAAUUUUAGGAUGGGAUAAGCUCUAUGUAAUAGCAAUUGGGAUUGCUCGUGGCCUCGAAUACUUGCACCAUAGUUGUAAUACAUGCAUCGUACAUUUCGACAUCAAGCCACAAAAUAUCCUUCUAGACAAGGAUUUUAGCCCCAAAAUUGCUGAUUUUGGUCUAGCUAAAUUGUGUCAUACAAAAGAAAGCAAGGUUUCGAUGACCGGUGCUAGAGGAACAAUUGGAUUCAUCGCUCCAGAAGUUCACUCUCGAACCUUCGGAGUGGUUUCAACCAAGUCAGAUGUUUAUAGUUAUGGAAUGAUGCUGUUGGAGAUGGUCGGAGGAAGGGGAAACGUAAAAUCAUUUGUUGCAAAGUCCAGCGAAAAGUAUUUCCCAGAUUGGAUUUAUGACCAUUUUGCUCAGGACGAAGGUUUGCAAGCAUGUGCUAUAACAAGUGAAACUGCAGAGGUAGCAAGAAAAAUGACCUUAGUGGGAUUGUGGUGCAUACAAGUGUUACCUAUAUAUCACCCUACUAUAACAAGAGUUCUUGAAAUGUUCGAGAGAAGCUUAGAUGAGCUGGACAUGCCACCAAAGCAAAACUUCGGUGAACUAGUUGAAAUUUCAGCUCAUAGUAUGGAUGUACAAAGUGCAAGCUCCACCAGUACAAGAUCCGAGAGGACAAGCCCUGUGACUUCAAAAACCCUGCAACGGCUGCCAACUCUUUGAGCAGAUAAGGCGCGUCAAUCCAAAAAAACAUCCUACAAUGGUUUCCAACUCUUUGAGAAGGUGACCUAUAUAAGUCAAGAGCAAUCGCAUGCCCACGUGGACAAGUUACCGCCCCAAAAAGGGAAUACAAUUAGUUAUGAGUUUUGUCUUCCAAAGAUCCAACUGCUAGAACAAUUGGAUAUUCAAGACCAUAAAAACGAUUUAUGGUCUAAGUAUGGCUACUUUCAUAAUUCGGGCGCAUAAAGCGUAUCUGUGUAUAAAC